AUGCAACAGGGAGCACGGCUCCGACUGCUGCGUGGCCGGCCACCGCUACCCGCAGUUCAGGUGCUCGCCCCGGUGUCGGCCGAGACGCCGGCGAUCCUUACAUUGAACAGCUUCACGGCGGGCGGGGAUGGCGGCGGCAAGUCCUUCUGCGACAACCGCUUCCACAAGGACAGCGAGGUGGUGGUGGCGCUGUCCACGGGGUGGCUGCGCCUCGACGGCACGCGCAGGUGCAACAAGAUGAUCCGUAUCAACGGGAAUGGGCGGUUCGCGCUGGCCAAGGUCGUCGACGAGUGCGACUCGGUGAACGGCUGCGACGCCGAGCACAACUUCGAGCCGCCGUGCCCCAACAACGUCGUGGACGGGUCGCCCGCCGUGUGGAAGGCACUGGGGCUGAACGAGGACAUUGGAGAGUUCAAGGUCACUUGGUCUGAUCUCUGA